UUCUUUGCCUUAGUUUCGUCAUCAUGGAGUUUGAGUUCGGAUGGCCUGGCUCUUCUCGCUCUGUCCAAAAACCUCAUACUACCAAGUAACAUAACCUCUGGUUGGAAUGCUUCUAAUGCAACUCCUUGUAAAUGGUAUGGAGUUGGUUGCAAUAAAAGGAAUAGAGUGGUUUCCCUUGACCUAUCAUCAUCAGAAGUUUCAGGUUCCAUUGGAUCUGAAAUCGGACUUCUAAAAUACCUGCAUGUCCUCAACUUAUCUGCUAACAAUAUAUCUGGUUUCAUUCCUCCUGAAUUGGUCAACUGCAGUAUGCUUGAACAAUUGGAUCUGUCCCAAAACUUCCUUUCCGGCAAGAUACCAGCAUCAAUGGGCAACCUCUAGAAAUUGGUAUCACUCUCACUAUACGACAACUCUCUCACUGGAACUAUACCAGAGGAAUUGUUCAAGAACCAGUUUAUGGAGGGCGUGUACCUCCAUUACAAUCAACUCAGUGGUUCGAUCCCUGUCUCGGUUGGUGAAAUGACAAGCCUCACGGCCUUGUGGCUGUAUGGGAAUAUAUUGUCUGGAGUUUUGCCCGCUUCAAUUGGCAACUGCACCAAAUUAGAGGACCUCUAUCUGGACGAGAAUCAACUGAGCGGCAGUCUUCCAGAAACCUUGAGCAGGAUCAAAAGCCUCAGAAAUUUUGAUGCCACAACCAAUGGCUUCACAGGAGAGAUCUCUUUUAGAUUUGAGAAUUGCAAGUUAGAAAUAUUCAGCUUGUCAUUCAACAAUAUAAAGGGUGAAAUUCCAUCAUGGCUGGGGAAUUGCAGAAGCUUGACAACACUUGGAUUUGUCAAUAAUAGUAUGUCUGGCAAAAUUCCGGCUUCUCUUGGUUUAUUGAGCAACCUCACAUAUCUUCUACUUUCUCAGAACUCCCUGUCUAGACCAAUUCCUCCUGAGAUCGGUAACUGUCGGUUGCUGGAGUGGCUAGAGUUAGAUGCAAACCAGCUUGAGGGCACUGUUCCUAAAGAGUUUGCAAAUUUACGGAUUUUGUCAAAGCUCUUUCUGUUCGAGAAUCACCUCGUAGGAGAGUUCCCUGAGAAUAUUUGGAGUAUCCCAACCCUUGAGAGUGUCCUUAUUUACAGUAACAGUUUCAUGGGAAAGCUACCUGCAGUAUUAGCUGAGCUGAAGUCCCUCCAGAACAUUACACUAUUUGAUAAUUUCUUCACUGGGUCAUACCACCGAAGCUGGGUCUUAAUAGUCAUUUGGUCCAGAUAGAUUUCACAAAUAACAGUUUUGUUGGUGGGAUUCCUCCAAAUAUUUGUUCAGGAAAAAGAUUGAGAAUUUUGGACUUGGGGUUGAAUCAUCUUAAUGGCAGCAUAUCCAGUGUUGUGGACUGCCCAAGUUUGGAGCGAGUCAUUCUCCAGAACAAUAAUCUUGAUGGGACUAUUCCACAUUUUGGAAACUGUGCGAAUCUAAAAGCUAUAUGGAUCUGAGCUACAAUUCCUUGAGUGGUAGCAUUCCAGCAAGCUUCAGCAGAUGUGCAAGUCUGACACACUUGGUUCUCAGAAGUAACAAUCUUAGUGGAUCAAUUAUGUAAUUCGGACGUCUUGAA